AUGUUCAGUUCGAGGUUGAAGAUCGUGAAGCCCAAUGGCGAGAAGCCAGACCAGUUCGAGUCCGGCGUCUCCCAGGCUCUUCCAGAGUCGGAGAUGAGCUCCGACCUCAGAGCCCAGGUAAGGGAGCUGAGUAUCACGGCAUCCAAGGAAACUGAAGUUGGCGGUGUUCGGAGAGCUAUUACCAUCUUUGUUCCCGUUCCUCAACUGAAAUCUUUCCAGAAAAUCCAAGUCCGGCAAGUCCGUGAACUGGAGAAAAAGUUCAAUGGGAAGCACAUUGCCUUUAUUGCUCAGAGGAGAAUUCUGCCUAAACCAACUCGAAAAAGUCAUACAAAAAAUAAGCAAAAGCAUCCCAGGAGCUGCACUUUGACAGCUGCGCAUGCCCUGAUCCUGGAGGACUUGGUUUUCCCAAGCAAAAUUGUGGGCAAGAGAAUUCAUGUGAAACUGGAUGGUAGUCGGCUCAUCAAGGUUCAUUUGGAUAAAGCACAGCAAGAAGCUCAGAGGCAAGGAUGUUAA